AAACGUUUAGCAAUAUAUACGAACUUGUGUGCAUUGUUCGAGUUGAUCAACGUGACAACGUAGUGCGACGUUUGUAGAACAAUAAGGUGUGCUCCCAGUGAACUUUAUUUACACUGGAAGAGAGGCCACUCAGCCGAUCAUGACGUGUGCAGGUACCAGUUGCCGGAGCAACAAGAAUCCCUCCAGUUUGUGGGCAAGACCCGCUGACAAAGAUUGGCGACCGUUUGGCCAAUAGCACGGGCAUUUCAUUUUCAGUGACGUGACAUUUGCAAUAGAUUCUCCAAUCGGAGUGCGAGAAGGGGCGUGCGGUUAAAUUUACCUGGAGGCAGGAGACCUAGUGAAGACUGCGCUGAUGAGAUGAUGCUGAAAUCGGGUCAAUAAACGAAUACGGGCGGUGGUGAACGCGCAAUCUUGGUUUAAAAAGGAAUCUUAGUCUAAGGAAACCCGAACAUCUUAACGCAAGCUGUGGAGCCUGGAGGAAGAUGGCCUCUGACACAGCCAUGAAGACAGAGCUGGAGGAGCUGCAGAAACGGGCCAAUCAGGUUACAGAUGAGUCUCUGGAGAGUACCCGUCGCAUGAUGCAGCUGGUUGAAGAGAGUAAGGAUGCGGGAAUCCGGGUGUUGGUCAUGUUGGAUGAGCAAGGAGAGCAACUGGACCGCAUCGACGAGGGCAUGGAUCAGAUCAACCAGGACAUGAAGGAGGCAGAGAAAAACCUCACAGAUAUGGCCCAGUGCUGCGGACUAUGCGUCUGCCCGUGCGCCAAGCUGAAGGACUUUGAGGCCAGCGGUGCUUACAAGAAGGUGUGGGGGAACAACCAGGACGGUGUGGUGUCCAGUCAGCCCACGUCCCGCGUGGUGGACGAGAGGGAGCAGAUGACCAUGAGCGGCGGAUACAUCCGCAGGGUCACAAAUGACGCACGCGAGGACGAGAUGGAGGAGAACCUGACGCAGGUUGGGAGCAUCCUGGGCAACCUGCGCAGUAUGGCACUGGACAUGGGCAACGAGAUCGACACGCAGAACGUCCAGAUCGACCGCAUCCAGGGGAAGGCGAUCAUCAAUGAAUCCCGCAUCAGUGAAGCCAACCAGAGGGCCCACAAGCUCAUUGCGAGAUAAACCAAGAAAGGAGACCAGAAGUCUGACUCUUCCAUCAUAAGUUAUUUCAUGUAUACACUCCCUCAUAAACAUGAACCUACUGGACAAGCACAAACACACACACACACACACACACACACAUUCUCUUAUAACUUUCUCUCAAUCAUACAUGUGAUCAUGCACAAGAAAAACAUAUUUUCUGUCAGUCUUGCACAUAAAUAGACUGACACAAGACACAAAAUAUUCCUAGAUAUGCCAGACAUAAUGCACUUUCUCAAAUACAAAAUCACAAGUGAAUCACACACAAACAAGCUCAAGAAAAACUGAAAGAAAAGGUCUGUAAAAAGUCUGUAAGCUUGGAACUUUACAUUACAUUACAAGGCAUUUAGCAGACGCUCUUAUCCAGAGCGACAUGCAAUGAAGAUGAAGUCACCAACUUGGCACAUUUUUUCAAAAUUGCAUUUACAGUGCUGUACUCCCAUAGGCAAUGUUAUAAUCAAUUCACACUAAAAGACUGAUUGAUUCUCAAGUCAAGUAUCCAGCUGAUUUGUGGUAUAUUCUGAGGUAUUACAACUAUAUUUCAUACAAUAUACAAUUUAAAUAAUUUCAUCCUAAGCUAUGAAAUGUUAAAGAAACAUUUAAAAUCAAAAAUUCAAAUGCCCUACACAAUGUUGAGAUUUGUAAAUUAUUUUUCUUUGUAGCCUGAAGUGAUCAUGCAUUGGGUUAAAAAAUUGCCCUUUGUCCAAAACCAUCCCUGCUGCCCUCUCCUGGCUAAAAUAUUUACUACCUGCAUAAACUCCAUUCCAUACUCCCAAGGUAUGAGCCAUCAAAAAACAAGUCAAGAUGGAGACAAUUCUAAUCUUUGACCAUGGUGCUUCUUUGCAUUGUGCCGCCACUAGGGAUCCCACAUAUUCCAAUUUCUUAAUUUGAAAAAGUAAUUGUUAUAUAUCAUUAUUCUUUUAAAAAUAUUUUAAACAUCAAACUGGUGUAUUAAGGAGCAGUUUUUGGGACUCACUUUUUUUUAGCUGAUGAUGUGGGAACGACUACAAACAGGCUGGCUGGCUUCAACUAUUUUUCAAGAUGUUUUGAUGGAAAUAUACAUUCAUGCUCAUUGUGUUGAAGGCAAGGUAUAUGCUUUCAUGAAUUUCUUUUUGGAAAAUGUAUUUUUCCAACUGGAGAAUGGAAUGGAGAAUGAAUAGUCACGUUUUCAGUGAUCAUUUUCUGCCCCAAUCCUCAUUUGUCUGCCUCUUGUCCCUUUCCCUUUUUGAUACAAAAAGAACAUCACACUGCAAGCAGAAAAAUGGCCUCAGUGCAAAUAUUGUCGUCUUUAGUCUUUACAUUUGGAAUUUCCAUUGCUGCAAUGCAUCUAAGAGGACACAUUGUAUGUGUGAGAGAUCAUUUCAUGCAACCUCUCUGAAGUGGUAUCCUAGUAACAUGUAUUGAAUAGUGCAAUGCAUCAUUCUCAACAGUGCACAAAAGAUUUCCCACUGGAAUUUCCAAGGUUUAGAAUGUGACCAUGACUGCAGGCUUUUCAUAGAUUUAAGAUUUGUAAAUAUCCAGUUAUUAUUGACCUUGGACUGUAUAACUUAAUGUUGUGUCGUCCAGUCAGUGAAGCACUUAAAACUGAUGUAGUUAUAAACUUCUGUGUUGAAUAUCCAUUGCAAGACACGUUCAUGUCUUUCUUCUGUGUCAUUUAUUUUUGUUUGUUUUUGUAUUUCCACCAGCCCUCAAUGCUAUAGCAGUAGACCCUUCCUAAAACUGAAUCAUUUGUACAUGCCAACCUUCUGUAGCUAUACUGACUGUGGUGGUGGACGUGAUGAUUAUUAAAUUAAU